UCUUCCGGGUAUCUCUGACAGGGCUGUCUACGCCGCCUUUUCGGCGACUUUUUGGUCUUCCGCUUUUUUUUUUCCCUUUCUUUUUGUUGUCGCCGCCCCCAACCUUCCACCGCCGCGCGGGCCUGGCCGUGUCGGCUGUCGCCUCGCCGCCGCCCUGCCGGUUCCUGGGUCACCCGCCCGAGCUGGGCCUGGCCGUGCUGCGGGCUGCUCGGGCGGCCGCGUUGGCGGGCGGUGCCGCUGGGCCCUGCUCGGCCCUUCGGCGUGGACGCCGGUGAGUGGGGGUCUCCGGAGGGGAUGCACGCGUGCAGGCCCUGCUCCCCGGCCGGGCGCGCGAAACUUUUCUGAAACUGGCGCUGUGUUUUGCGCGGGAGAGAGAGAGCCUGGCGCUGCCCUGCGGCUACCGGACUAGGGGCGUUCCCCGGGUGCUGGACUCGGUGAAGAAUGUUGGCGCCGCUGGCUUCUCUCUGAUUCCGCCUUCUCUCUAGUUCUCACGCCGCCUCCCGCGCUGUCCUCACUCCCUAGACCGAAAGAGUAAGACUGGCUAGAUACUCCCAUCUGAUAUUCCAAAAGGCGGUGGCGAGCCAAGGUAGAAGAAUACAUGUUCACCUUCAGUGAGCAAGAGCAUGUUCCCAAACUCAAUUUUGGGUCGUCCACCCUUCACUCCAAACCACCAACAGCAUAAUAACUUCUUUGCUCUCUCACCAACUCUUUAUUCACACCAGCAACUUAUUGAUGCACAAUACAACUUCCAAAAUGUAGACUUGUCUAGAGCUGUGACCUUACAGCCCCUGACAUAUGGAACUGUCAGUCCAAUACAGACCUCCACAUCCCCAUUGUUUCGAGGAAGGAAGAGAAUAAGCGAUGAAAAAGCCUUUCCUCUUGAUGGUAAACGGCAGCGUUUCCAUUCACCCCACCAAGAGCCAACUAUAAUUAACCAGAUAGUGCCUUUAUCAGGUGACCGAAGAUACUCCAUGCCGCCAUUGUUUCACACACACUAUGUACCAGAUAUAGUAAGAUGUGUUCCACCUCUUCGAGAAAUUCCACUGUUAGAACCGAGAGAAAUCACACUGCCUGAGGCCAAAGAUAAGCUGAGUCAGCAGAUAUUAGAGUUGUUUGAAACUUGUCAGCAGCAAAUAAGUGACUUGAAGAAGAAAGAACUCUGUAGAGCACAGCUACAGAGAGAGAUCCAGCUGCUCUUCCCUCAAAGCAGACUUUUUUUGGUUGGAUCGUCUUUAAAUGGAUUUGGUGCCCGGAGCAGUGACGGUGAUUUAUGCUUAGUUGUUAAAGAAGAACCACUCCAGAAGGACAUCUUCCCCUGCCCCAUACACGUGAAUCAGAAGACUGAAGCCCGCCAUAUACUUACCUUAGUCCAUAAACACUUCUGUACUCGACUGUCUGGCUACAUUGAGAGACCUCAGCUGAUUCGUGCGAAAGUGCCAAUUGUGAAGUUCAGGGAUAAAGUCAGUUGUGUGGAAUUUGACUUAAAUGUAAACAAUACUGUUGGAAUUAGAAACACAUUCCUUCUCAGAACUUAUGCCUACCUUGAAAAUCGAGUUCGUCCGUUAGUGUUGGUGAUUAAGAAGUGGGCAAGUCACCAUGAUAUAAAUGACGCCAGUCGCGGUACUUUAAGCAGCUACAGUCUUGUAUUGAUGGUUUUGCACUACUUACAAACCCUACCUGAACCCAUCCUUCCAUCCCUCCAAAAAAUUUACCCAGAAUCUUUUAGUACUUCUGUACAGCUGCACCUUGUGCAUCACACUCCGUGCAGUGUUCCUCCUUACCUCUCAAAGAAUGAGUCAAGUCUUGGGGACCUCUUACUGGGCUUUCUUAAAUAUUAUGCUACAGAAUUUGACUGGAACACUCAGAUGAUUUCAGUUCGUGAAGCCAAAGCCAUCCCAAGGCCUGAUGACAUUGAAUGGAGAAAUAAAUAUAUCUGUGUUGAAGAACCCUUUGAUGGAACUAAUACCGCCAGAGCUGUGCAUGAAAAGCAGAAGUUUGAUAUGAUCAAGGAUCAGUUUUUAAAGUCAUGGCAAAGAUUGAAAAACAAGAGAGAUCUCAACAGUGUUCUGCCUUUGAGAGCUGCUACCCUGAAGAGAUAGCUGCCCUCUAAUUCUUAAACUCUUCCAAGAAAUAAAGAACAAUAGUUACAUCACAAUGCAUUUGUUUACCUCCAUCAUGGUUUAUUUUUAAUCUUGUUCUUGUUUUUGUUUUAUUUUUAAAAGGACAUACUUAUAUAAAGAUUACAUAUUUUAUUAUGACAUUUCCUAAUAAACUCUUUGAUUUAAAAAUGUAUUUUUGAAAAUGUUUACAUUGAUGAUUAGUAGUAUUAUGGCAUGACUUUUCGGCAUAAAAUAUAUUUUGAGAAAUUACCUGAACUAAUAAGGUUUUGAUAUAAUUUUAAGUAAUUGUACCACAUGCAAAUGAAGAACCAUGUGGAAUUUUGCAAAGGAUCUAAGUAAUACAUAUUUACAGUGUAACCGGCAGAAGACAGUUGUUUAACUCAGUUCUAGUCAAGGGAAGAUUCAAGUCAGUUAUUCAGUUACUUGAAGCAAAUGAAAUCUUUCAUUCAGUGAAGUCACUGGAGUCUUGAAAUACUGGACAAUUGCCUUAAGUCUCCACUUGACUCUGGGACAGCCUGUCUUUGUCCUGUGUCUGUCUUCGUGUUUCAUUAGCACUUCACACCUCGCUUUGAUCCACUCCGGGGGUUACAGGACCACUAGCAGCAGUUGGUGACCUGCUAAUGGACUGUCACUUUGGAGAGACAGCGUUUCCUAUGCUUUCUGAUAGCAUAGUGCAGUGUACACUGUUGCUUUACCUCUGUUUUCCUGAUCUUUUUCCUCAUGAUAGAAAAUUGAACAUCAAAGUUAAGAUUAUAUCCUAUUUGUAGAAUCGGAUUUCUGUGGAUUAUAAUCUAAACUGGAAUUUUUAGGCAGUAAGCCACUAUAAAGUGUUUUAGAUAAGACAGUAAAAUUAUAAAUAAAAGUUUAAUGUUUAUACAAAAAUCUUUUUUAGUAUUUCUUUUCCACACAAAAGUAGUAGCUUCAGAUACAAGCUAUUCUGUUUAUUAAGAUUGUUUUUAGUUCAUGUAAAUAUUUGUAAAUUGGUCAGUACCUGUAAAUUUAAAUAUAAAAAGUAAUCUUGAAAGCAGUUUUAACUUUUUCAAAGAUUGCAGACUUCUUGUAGGCCUAUGGUGGUACAGUUUGUACCACGGAACUAUUUUUUGCAGACCAUUUAAAAAACUAAAAUAUUUGCUUUCUUUGACUUAUAAAGGGUGCGUAUUUUCUUUUCUUUAAGUUUAAAUUUUUGUAUGCUGUCAAAUGGAAUAAAGUUUAUAUCUGGAAAUUUUUGAGGUGUAAUUUUUCUGUGAAAGUCAUUGGUUUUGUAAUAAGAUUGAGGCUGUAAUUAUCUGAACUGGUCUGAAUCCAAUUCUGUGGUUAAGCCCGUCAGCCACUGUAUUUCUCUGGCUUUAUUGGGAAUAAACUUUCAAAGUGAGUCAGUUUUUUAGAUUACUUAUCUGUAGUACUUUUGAUGCAAUUAAGCGUUUUAUAUAUGAAUUCUUUUUCUGGGAACUAUUCCUGAGAUUUACUGCAUGCUGUGCAGCUCCUUCUCAGAAUGUAUUGAGUAUGAUGGUUAAGGGGACUCGGUACUGUUUGUAAAUAGUGGUCGCUUAGGGACGGUGUUCUGCUUCACAGCUUCAUGAUGUUAAUAAAGCCUCA